AUGAUGCAAAAAGAUUCUCUUGGUCAGGAUAUGUUUUUGCUUGGGAGGCCAGGUCCCAGCAGACGGAAAGUUGCACUCCAAUAUUUGGAGCUGACACAAAGGGAGCUAGAAUAUGUAGCGUUGUCACGUGAUACUACUGAGGCCGAUCUAAAACAGAGAAGAGAAAUACAAAACUCUACUGCCACAUAUUUUGAUCAGAGUGCAGUAAGGGCAGCAAUAGAAGGCAGGGUUCUUGUAAUAGAGGGAAUUGAAAAGGCUGAACGGAAUGUAUUGCCAGUGUUAAAUAAUUUGCUAGAAAAUAGGGAAAUGCAUUUAGAAGAUGGGAGAUUCUUAGUACCGGCUGCCAGAUAUGAUAAGUUAUUGCAGGAGCAUGGUGCCGAGGAAGUCUCGAAAUGGCGACUCGUAAGAGUCGAUGAGAACUUCCGCGUGAUAGCUCUGGGACUUCCCGUGCCUCGUUACCAAGGCCAGCCGCUCGACCCGCCCCUGCGUUCCCGUUUCCAGGCGAGAGAUGUCGCCACUAUCGGCUUUGGGGUAAGCAAUGAUAUAUACAAACACGGGGUAGAUAUGACACCAGUUCGUGUAAUUGAU